CAAUUCCUGAUAAUGAAGCCAAUACGGCUGUUUUUCAUUAUAAAAAAGUGAAAUCUCCUUUAUUAGAUAAAGCCAUGCAGUUAUGGAUUGAGCAGGUUGUAGGUAAUCAAAUAUUUUUGACGGAAGCAAUUAUUAAAGAAAAAGCAGAGUUUUUUGCCCGGGCAUUAGGCUUACCAGACGGUGUAUUAAAGUUUUCUAAUGGGUGGGUUCAUAAAUUCAAGAAGAGCAAUAAUUUGCGAAACUAUCGAUUACAUGGCGAAGCAAAUAGUACGCCAUUAGAAUUACUUCCGGGACAAAGAGCCAAGUUACAUGAAAUAAUUGAAAAAUAUCCUUUAAAUAAUGUUUUCAAUGCCGAUGAAACAGGUUUAUUUUUUCGAAUGGCACCGCAUCAAACACUCGUGUCGCAACCACAAUCAGGAUGGAAAAAGGUUUUUUUAAUUUAUAUGUUAGAACCAGAUAAAGAAUUGAGUGGUGAAGAGGAAUCAAGUAAUGAAGAAUCAGAAAGUGAAGAGUCAGAAGACAAAGAAUCAGAAAGUGAAGAGUUAGAUGAAGAAAUCUGA